AUGGUUGUCACCAGUGCUGGCCAAAAUACACUUAGUCCCAUCACUUUUGCAGCUCCAGGAAACAAGACAUUGCAGUUUUUCAGGCACAGCAAAUUGGCUGUCAAGAAUUUCAAGACUGCCCCAGGGGCCUCCCUGCUCUCUGAGGUAUAGGUGCUCAGUACACAUUUCAUUGUCACAUGUAUAACCUUGAAAAAAUAAGUUAAAUUUAUUCAAAAAUAAAAGGCUAAGCAAUAAAUUACAGAGCUGAAAAACAAGGUUGCUAUACAAUAAAAGAGAAAAGAGAAAAAAAUGCCUUUUCUUAGAUCAAUAUCCUAAAACUGCAAAAAACACACAAGGCUUUUGCACAUGCAAACUUUUCUCAAGAAAAAAGAAGUUCACUUCAAGAAGUUCACUUCAAGAAGUGAAGAAGCCAACAAAAUCAGAUAAAGUACUUCACAUCUACUUAAACAACUGUACAUGUUUGGCGUUUGCUUGGAGUUUUACUCCUACAUCUGCAGAUAUUUCAAGAAUCCGGGCUGAUUAGUUUCAGAAGUGCUCCCUGCCAGUGGGGUGCUUUUUAGAAGGCAAGACACAUCUGCCUUCAGUCACUGGAGUGAUGAGCUGGCUUACACACAAUACCUUCAAUCUCACGAUUACUAGAAGUGGGUGCAAAAAUACAGUGGCCACAUGAGAGUAGAGAUGCUUCAUUAUAGUUCACUCCGUUGAUUCAGGUUUUUUGAAAUAUUUUGAUGUGCAGAAAUACAUGAUCUGGAAUAAAGUGCUGAUACAGAGGUCUACUGGGAAAGCUGGCCUUACCUACAGCAACUAGACAGGCUGAUACCAAAUAACAUUUUAUGAUGGUUUAUAGCCACUGAAAACAAAAGCAUCACUUGGUUUGGCCUUGCCUGAAGAUUUCCUGCCUCAGCUUUUUUUUGCCUGUAAUACAAUACUGCCUUAUAAAACUUAAUGUAGACAUAGGAAAUGCAUGUCUUUAUCCAGCUUCAUGCUUAAGCUAUUCUGUACAACCCACCUGAGAAAUGUAUGCAUUACAUUGUACAAAAGCCUUUUAGGGUAACCCAAUACUUCAAAGCCUAAUGCUAAGAAACAACUAUUAUGCAAGCACCUUAUUAACACUGCAGGCAUCAGCUCACCCUGCAGGAUUACAUGGAUACCAACAGCAAUAUUUAAUGAUGGGGAUGAAGUCCACAGACUAUGCAAUACUUCUGUCUAUGUACCCGCAGACCUCACUCAUUUCAGUGCUCUGUACAGUGCUGGUAUAUCGUAUAUCAGAUCCAUUUCUGUAAGAGAAAACUUGCACACAGCAACAAUGUACAUGCAGUGAAAUUCAGCUUAACACACUACAUGGAAGUCUAUAAGGUAGUCUACAAACUGAAUAUACUUAGAAUAUGAUAGUGCACUGGUGCAAUUGACAACUUCUUUUCACAUAUGAUGCUAAAGAGAUAAAAAUUCUGUAGAGCUGUAUCAGUUCCUGACCUAUAGCUUGAAAAUUGGAUGUUCAAGUUGCCCAAAAUAGCUUUGAAAAUAUCAGUUCUCUCCACAUCUAACCACACAACACAUCCAUUUUCUUGACAUUUGAUACAUAUGUAGGUAUCAUUUUUGCUUGAUUGUUACUUUUUGCCUCCUCUGACUAAUUCCUUCAUUUUGUUCAUUCAAAUUCAUGGAUUUGAUAUACAAAGCUAAACACUACUGUGUUGCCCUCCCAGAGGUUUUUCUUUACCUUCAAGACCAAAAUGUGGUAGGCUUCUUUCCUCAGACUUGUGUCUUUGAGAGGGACUGUACAAGGGUUCUUCCAUCUCAGCUGAGCAGUAAGUUAAAAGCUUACUCAUUACAAUCUUAUCACCAAAGCAGUUUGGAAACUUUUGGUGUGAAAGAAGUAAUAUGUAAUCAUUUUAUGUUUGUUGUUUUGUUGGUUUUUUUUUUUUUUUAAAGGAAGAAAAUGCCAGUAAACUUAACUAAGAAUCCAGUUAACAUUCUGUAACUCCAUAUUGCUAGUUAAUUAAUUUUUGCUUUAAAGUUUAACUGUUUGAACUUGAAUUUAAUGUAAGGAACUGAUAGUCAAAAAUCAUCACCAGGAUAACAAGAAGAGUUUAUGGUUUUGUGUAAUUGAUAUUGUUAUUAUAUAUAUAUAUAUAUUAUUAGCAAUUUUAUAGAGGAUUGGUGUUAAACUUGACUGUCUUCAUGUUCAGCAUAUCAAAGUGUAUUUGACAGAAUUCAAGAUGACAGCAUUUUGUAAUCCAUUCUUUUGAAAAGCACUACAGUAGUCAGGAGAGACACAGCAGCCCCUAUGGCUGGUUAUUAUGUAGUGUGAAAGGAGAAAGAUCCCUGGAUGCUCAUAGUAGUGGUGUGUCCUGGCUCCUGAGCUGCUGUGACCCCAGAAACCAGGCAUCCUCCCCAGUGGAUUAUGACCACCUGCACAGCAAGGGGAAUCGCUUCAGCACAGCUUUCGUGAACUGAGAACUGAAGCUGUACUUCCCAGUGCCCAUCACUGGAUAUGGAGAUGGAGGGAGGUGAUUCUUCCCCUCUAUUCUGCUCUUGUGGGAUCCCACCUGGAAUGUUGCAUCCAGCCGUGGGGUCCUCAGCACAAAAAAAAUGUGAACCUAUUGAGGUGGGUCCAGAGAAGGCCACUAAGUUAUCACAGGACUGGAGAACCUCUGCUAGAAAGAUAGAAUGGGAGAGUUGAUGUUGUUCAGCCUGGAGAAGGGAAGGCUCAAAGGAAACCUUAUAGCAACCUUACAGUAGCUAAAGGGGGACUGCAAGAGAGCUGGAGAGGGACUCUUCACAAGUAAUGCUAGAACAAGGGGAAUGGCCUUAAAUUGAAGGAGAGUAGGUUUAGGUUAGGUAGUAGAACAGAGAAGAUUAGGAAGAUAUUGUCCUCUUUGAGGAUAAUGAGGCAAUGGAACAGGUUGCACAGAGAAGCUGUAGAUGCCCCAUCCCUACCAGUGUUCAAGACCAGGCUGGAUAGGGCUCUGAGCAAUGUGGUCUAGUGAAAGGUGUCCCUGCCUGUGGCAGGGGGUUUGGAAAUAGAUGGGCUUUAAGUUCCAUUCCAACCAAAACCAUUCUGUGAUUCUAUGAUACAGACCAAAUAAACUUGUCAGAAAAAUUCUCACAUAUUCUCAGCUGAAGUUGGCACAGGGCUGUAGCUGGGCUAACAUCUCAGAUGUCCAAGCACCUGAGCCUGCCCCAGUUGUUUAGCUCUCAGAGUUUUUGAGAGUAUUCCUCGAAUCAUAUAGGUUGGAAAAGACCUUCAUGUGCGCAGUGAGAUCUGUUACUGGUGUCUGUCGUCAGAGACAACUCUUCAUCUUAUGUUAAUUCAUGUGCACAGACUGUAAUGAUCAGCAGGAAGGGCAGACCCGUCCCGUUUUCAAAGACAGUAUGGAAAACACAGCGUGCAAGAGGUUAAUGCAAAAUCCCGACUGUACUGAAAUCACGAACAGCACAGAGACACUCCUACAACAACACACAAUCACUCAGUCAGCAGAGUGAAGAGUUGGCAAAGCGCUGAAGGAGACGGAAGAAAGAAAGGGGCAUGGAGAGUAAGGAACUGCCCUAUGUGCUAGUUGACUCUGUAGGAGGGAGGCUUGGAGUAUAUGAAGACCAUCUUGGAUUUCUGAAGAAACGUUUUCAUCUCAUCACCAUGAAAGAAUAUCUUGAAAACAAGACAUUUCUCAGCAAAAAGAUCAGAGCUAUCUAUGUGUGGUAUCACAAACCAGCUAUUAAUGAAGAGCUGCUCCAGAGCUUGCCUAACUUGAAGGUAGUUGCAAGUGCUGGAGUGGGAAUAGAUCACUUGGACCUGAAACUCCUCUCCAGCUAUGGCGUGAAGGUGUCCAAUACUCCAUUUAUUGUUUCCACUGACACUGCAGACAUGGCGAUGGCUUUGUUGCUGGCAUCUUCCAGGAGACUUGUGGAAGGCCAUGAGAUGGCAGUCUCCCCUGACACAGAGUAUUUCCCUGCUGACUGGCUGGGGGUUGAGGUUUCUGGAGCGACCCUGGGGAUCCUGGGAAUGGGCAAAAUUGGUUACAAAGUGGCUGAAAGAGCCAAAGCCUUUGAAAUGAUGAUUUUGUACCACAACAGAAAUCAGAGAAAAAAGGAAGAAGAAAGUGCUGUUGGAGCUGUUUACUGUAAGAAGAUAGAUGAUUUGCUCCAGCAGUCAGAUUUUGUGUUAUUGGCUGUGAACCUAACUCCACAGACACACAAACUGAUUGGGAAGAGGGAGCUGGAGCUGAUGAAACCUACUGCUACUCUUAUUAAUAUCAGCAGAGGUCUGAUAGUGGAUCAGGAUGCUUUGGUGGAAGCCCUUCAAAACAAAGUUAUUAAGGCAGCUGCUCUGGAUGUGACAUAUCCUGAACCUUUGCCAAGGGAUCACCCCUUGUUAAAGCUGAAGAAUGUUAUAAUAACUCCUCACAUCGGAAGUGCCACCAAGAAGACGCGCUGGGUUAUGAUGGAGGAAAUGGCAGAGAGCAUAGAGGCAGGCCUGGCGGGUCUUCCUAUCCCCCGUGAGGUGCUGCCCUAAGGCAGCUUGCAUUUAGGAUUAACACCACCAGUGCAGAAGCAGCAAUUGGAUCACUUUUCGUGUAAUUAUUUCAUGCAAUUUCGUGUUAUGCAGAUAAAAUAUAUAAAUCACGGGUUCAAUUUAUUUAAAUACCCAGCAGCAGUUCUGUGUGGAAAACUGCAAGCGUUUUGUCUUGAUCUUCAAUGGAAAACUCCAGAGCACAGAGUCUUGCCUCAG